UCUGCCGACAACUCGAAUCUCGAUACAGGCCAAGUGCAGCAGUGUAUAGAUGGAAUGAUUAAUUGACAAUAUAUAAAUAAUUGACACUACUCGGUCGACGUCCCCUCGGCCCGUUGCUGUUUACCGCCAUUGUUUUUGUUUCUACAUAAUCCAACAGCAGAAGAUAACCGCCGUUUGCACUGUAUUGUAGCAUGCAACAGGUGUGGUAAUGGCUUUUUUGUGUCCUGUGAGAAUCCGCCGGGGAAAGAAGAAAAAAAGUGGUUCAACGAGUGACUUGGAUAAAGAUGUAUUACGAGGCAGCAACAUUAAUGGCCCCGUGCCCGGGAUGGGCCGUAUUACGGGCAGUGCGUCCAUCGAGACUCUCGUCCGUGUCGGAAUCGAGAAGGAAAAUGGACUGUCGCCUGACAGCAAAAUGGUCGUUCUCCACGAUUUCACACCUUGCGUCGAUGAUGAGUUGACCGUAAAACGGGGUCAAAUUGUAAACAUUCUUUAUAGAGAAAACGAUUGGGUCUACGUGAUAGCCGAAGACAGCCGACAAGAAGGAUUUAUUCCACACUCGUACUGUACGCCAUAUAAUUCUCAGCUCGGCGAAUUGGCACUGAAUAAUGUUAAAAAAAAAUUGCCUCGUGCACCAGCCGCCACACCGACUGAAACUGUUGUAGAAGUUGAAAUCAACGAGCAACAAAAAUAUGGAAACUGUGGUGAUGUAUCAGACUGUGAAAGUUUUGGAAACAAAACUCAAGAUCAAAAAAAUCAAAAUAAACAAAAUAUUAAUAGUUCUAGAGCGUCGUUGUUAAGCGCUUCAUCACACCCUGAUAUUCGUCCAUUUUUUAAGGAUCCCGCUGGACGUUACAUUGUACUGUACACGUUUAUAGCUAGGGACGAAAAUGAUGUAAGUGUCGAAAGAGGAGAAUUUGUUACUGUGUUGAACAGAGAAGAUCCCGACUGGUACUGGAUCAUUCGUAGUGACGGUCAAGAAGGUUUUGUUCCUAGUGGUUUUGUGUAUCCAGCAGAUAUUAUUCAAGGUCACAUAAACCAAAUGAACAACAACAAUCAGUGUACUGCGACUAAUACUGGCUUGCCGCCAGUUACUCGAGUUCGACCACGAAGGAACUCUUGUGUCGCAGACGACGAUCCAGCUAUCCACGGUACUGAAAUGGUCAUGCUCUACGACUACAAGCCUCAAGCGCCAGACGAUUUAUCAGUUAAACGUGGUGAAUGGAUAUAUGCGGAUCUUGAUAAUCAAAUGGUCGAUGGAUGGCUGUGGACUUAUGCUCCUAAAACUAGAAAAUAUGGAUUCAUUCCAAAAGCGUAUGCACAUCCGCCUGCCAUGACUAGUUUGUAAGCAAAUUAUUUUGAGCGAAACUCAAAAUUAAUAUGGAAUUGCAUAACUAUUGGCCAUAGAUAAAAUCAAAGACCAAUUCUAUAUUUUUUAUUUUCGUCUUCCAUUUUCAGACUAUCUAUUAGAGUUGAUUGAUUAAAAGCUGGCUAAUAUAAAAUACUAUUCUACUGCAUAGUUUAUCCAGUUAAUUUGUGAAAUGUUUAUCUCAUAACUAAAUACAAAAUUGACAGGAUAUAUUAAAUGAAAGAAAAUAAAUUAUUUUAUUUUUUAAAUAUUAAAAUACAUCUUUAAUAUUUGGAUAAAAUUAAACCAAAUAAGCAGUUUUUGAAGAAAAAAAACAUCUUUUUUAAUGUUUAUAAAGCAAUUGUUUGUUUGGGGUUUACUCAAAAAAUACGGGUUUUUUGCAUUCGCAAAAGACAUUAACUGAGUUGGGAAUUUUUACCCGGAUUAUUUCCAACACUAUUAAUAAGUCAAUAUAACAAAUAUUAUGUGAUAAAAAUCAAAAUUAUAUUUCAUCUGCAAAUCAUUGAUGCUCAUUUAAAUUAUAAAAUCUUUUUUUUACAAUACGUAUUUUAAUAAAAUUGUAUAAUUCCAUUUUUUUUUUUUUUAUGUUCUUGUUUGAUUAAUUAUUGUGUCAUAGAAUUGUUAUUUAUUUAGCUUUUUUUCAAUUUAUCCACAAAGUUAAUAAUAUUUUAUUGUGCUGAUGUUUUGUUCUUUAAUCGUUCAACAACCAUUGUUAUCGAAUAUUUGGUAUAAAUUAGCUAUUUUUUUGUUUAUAACCCCAAAUUCGAUUGAUGUUAACAAAUUUUAACCAUAAUAUUUUUUUGUUUAAAAUAAUUGUAUUUAUGUUUUUAUAUUUACAUAUUAUUGCUUCCUUCUAUAGUAUGAUUACUUAGUCGACUACUAACAUAAGUUAAACAUAUAAAUAAUAUAUGCCAUAUGGUAAAAGAAUUAAAAAUAAUUUGACCGAAUCCGUCCAUUAAAAGUGCCAUAUUGCAGUGUUUGAUUAUCUAAGACUGUUAAUUUCUAUGUGAUUACUAUUCAUCUAAUGUAAUAUUUUAUUUGUAUUGAUAAAUAUACUCUACUGUUGAUACACAUUAACUGUUAAUUUCGGUAAAAUAAUAACUACACUUUUUGUAUUUAUUUUUAUCAAGUUUUUUAUUUUAGUUGAUUAACAAGAAAAAUAAUAAAAUAAUUUACAGUUUUAAGUAGUGUAAUGUAAAACUGUUUUUAACGGUUAGGUGCCUGAAAUAAUUGUUCGCUAACAUUAAUUUGUAUGACAACGCCGCGCAUUCAAAUUUCACUGUUAGUGUAGUACAGACAUAUAGUGUUUUUAUAUUUUUUUAUAAAUUAUAUUUUGUACUUUCUAAUACAUGAAAAAAAAUGCAUUUUUUAUUGAAA